AGCUCUGCAGGCUGGGCUUGCCUGACUAGUUGCAGGAGCAAAGGAAGGAAGUAAUUCUAGGUAUUGGGGAAAACCCGGCCAAUUUGGAGGCUUUCCUUCUGUUCCUUUGGCUUGGAAACUGGAGGUGUUGGCUGGAAGUGGAUCCUCAAACGCCCUUACUGCAGAAAGCAUGGGAAGGUUAUGAAUUAUGCUUCGGGAGCACACCUAUAGCCACGAGCCCUUAACCCUCCCUCCGUGGACCCAGGCACUGGCUGUGGGAGCUGAACUGGGGCGCACACUGGGAAAGGUUUGUGGAACCCACUGUUUUAGAGACCUGCUUGUUUGUGCAAGCUGCAGUUGCAUUUCCGCUCCAGUAAACAAUGAAGGAAUACUUCCAUGCUCUGCAGAGCCCAGGACUGUUCAAUGGCCUUUCUCAUCUCUUCCUGAAGUUGCUGCCAAGCCCAUACCUGGAGCAGGGAAUGACUCUUUCUGCAACGCUCAUUUAUGUAUUGGACUGGGAUGGAAAAUACAUUUCACAGCUAAAGCUGCCCCAGCUAAGAUGGUGCUGGGUCAAAGAAGCAGCCUGUCUUUGCAGGACAAGCAGUUCUGAAGUUCUGAGCAUCUCUACGUUUUCAUUUUGAAUUUAGAAUCAGAAUAUUGAAUGGUGACUUUCUGAAAAUGUGGAGAAGAACAACAAAUAAUCGUGAAUAGCUUGGAUUUCCAAAAAUCUUGGAAUGUGGCUUUCAUGAAUGAAAUGCAAAAUAAAGAUCGGGUUGCUGGAGAGCUGUUAUUUUAAAGCUUGCAUUUAGCAGUUAGUUGGUGCACCACAGACACCUUGUGUAGCAGGUACCUGGCAGUGCCACCUCAGGAGGCAGCUCCGCAGUGCGCGCUCCGUGCGCUGCCGGCACCUGCCUGCGGAAUUCCAGCGGGAUUGCAGACGUCCUUGCAGGGGAGGAGCUCCUGCAGGCACCAGAUGAAGCAAGACGCCUCACAAACAAAAGUUCAAGAGAAGCCUCACCAGCAUCUUCCUGAGCUGUAAACUCUGGAAUUUAAUCUGCUCAAUCAUACUUCAGAGGGAUUCAAACCAGUGGAACUUGCAGCAGCAAAGAGGACAGAAGAUGGUUCCCAGCACCUCCCUCUGCUCUGCUGGGCUCUGUGCAUAGGCUCAGCCAUUCUCGCAGCCAUGCAUCACAGCUGCCUGCAGAUCACAUCUGCCUGAUGAUUUCCACAGCAGCUUGGGCACUCAAGGCAGGAAUAUGACUGAAUCUCAGGGACAAACCAACCCAAUCUUUAAGGAUUACCUCCCUGGUUCUUCUGAUGUUCCUCAGGAGAAUUACCUCCCUGGUUCUUCUGAUGUUCCUCAGGAGAAUACACCUGUUGAACCAAGUCUCUGGAAGCAAACGUCACACACUCAUAAUUUGCCACCUGGUCUGGAGUACCUGAACCAGCUGGACCAGAUAAUUAUUCAUCAGCAAGUGGAGCUUCUGGAAGCCAUACUUGGCACAGAGACUUCCAGCAAAUACGAGAUAAAAAACCCCUUGGGCCAAAGAGUUUACUUUGCAGUGGAAGAGAACGGCUGCUUUGACCGCAAGCUGUGCUCGCCCAUCAGGGCUUUCACCAUCAGGAUUGCGGAUACCGCGGGCCGGGAGGUGAUCCGAGUCGUCAGGCCCUUGCGGUGCAACAGCUGCUGGUUCCCCUGCUUCCUGCAGGAGUUAGAAGUUCAGUCCCCACCAGGUACAAUAGCUGGGUAUGUUGUACAAAACUGGGACCCUUUUCUGCCAAAGUUUACUAUACAGAAUGAAAGUAAAGAAGAUGUGCUAAAAAUAAUCGGCCCAUGUGCAACGUGUGGCUGUUUUGAAGAUGUUGACUUUGAGGUAAAAGCUCUCAAUGAGAUGACAACGAUUGGCAAAAUUUCCAAGUAUUGGUCUGGAUUUGUCAACAAUGUCUUUACCAACACGGCCAACUUUGGGAUCCAGGUCCCUGUAGAUCUUGAUGUGAGGAUCAAGGCAGUAAUGAUUGGUGCUUGUUUCCUCAUUGACUUAAUGUUCUUUGAAAGCUCUUUGGAUGGAUUAUAACAAGAUGACAGAAACAAUGAAAUAUGCAGAAUGUGUUUCAAAAUCGCUUGAGCUUUGGACAUGAUUUUGAGCUGCAAAAAUCCUUGUUCCUUAUAGGGAAAGACAGGGAGCUAAUGAUGAUAUUUAUUAAAAUAUGUCUCAUGUAAAUAAUAAUUUCCCACUUACAUUUUAUAUGUGCUGUAGCUAAACACGUACUUUUCACACAGAGCACUGUUGCUUUGGAACAGUGCUAUUCUCUUCUUUCUCUUUUGAUGUUCCUGCAUGGGAAAUCAUGAAAGAUUAGAUGAAGGCUUACAGCAUCACUGAUGAAAGUCUAUGUUUAGAGAAGCCUUUGAUGUUUUGCAAGUGCUGGUACCAGUUACUAACCACAUGAGGGUGUGUUCUGGGGUUUUUGAUUUUUUUAUAAUUUUAGAAGUAAUUUUCUGAUUUGUUAUUUAAUUAAUAGUAGCAAACUGAUUUGAAAGUAACAAAUAUAAAGACAUACCCGAUGGGAAGUUCAAGAUGUUAUCUGUUUCAGUGAGUUGGAAGAAGGGAAGUUUGCUGGUAAAUUAAUUUUGUGACAGAGAUUGUUUUAAUGAGUGACAGCCAGAAAUUAGGCUUCCAGCCCUAGACUUGGGAAUUCUGAAAUAGUCUUCCACUAUUUUCACUGAAGGCAGGCCACAGAUAAAGUUUGAGAGAUGGUCCUCGGUGUGCUAGAGGCUCACAAAUCACUUUUCUUUGUACUUGCCAGUGUUAUGGAUCCUUGCUGCCCUCUACUCAAGGCUUUCCUUAAAAGGUUUGUUCCUCUUUGUAAUAUCUGCUGGCUGAUGAUUUUUCCUUCAGACUUGCCUGAGGCCAUCCUAGAACAAAAUUACUUUUUUCCUUUGGCAAGCUCAAGUAUUUUCUAUGAUGACUGUGCAGAAGGAGCUUUUUGCAGUUCAGCAGUUUUACGUAGCUGUUCAUUCCUGCAGCCACACCUCGUACUGUUCCAAAACAUUUCCAUCAAUAGGCUUUUGCUAAUAAAAACUUCCUUUGUAGGAAUGAUAUAUAUACAAGACAUAAAUAGAUUUUUUGCUGUUGUUACAAAAUAUUUGCUGUACGAACUUGCUUAUGCCUCUCAAAAACUCCCUUCAAGAAGCAAACCAGCACCAUAAAAUACUGGUGGCAAACCCAAUUGCUCUCACAGUCGCCAGUCAAGGGGAACAUUUUACAAAUCACUAGAAAUGCUGGAUUUUUUUUUUUUUUUUUUAGUGUCAAAUAGUAAUUCAAUUCUUGCAAACAACCAACACAUCAACG